AUGGCGCGUAUAUGGCUUGGGUAUACUGAAGACUGCCGAAAUCUACACCGCAUAAAUCGGAUACCAUUAAUAAUCGGCGUCUUUUUACCACACCAAUACAAACAUGCCUUGGAAUUUGCUGUUAAUACUGCUCUGGAACAUAUUCACAAUCAAUCCUGUAUUCUCAAUAAUUAUUAUUUGAAAUUGCAUUUCAAGGAUACUGAGUGCAAGACGUCAUUUGGAAUGCAAGCGCUAUUCGAGCUGAUGAAUGCAAAUCCACGACCUUUUGCGCUUUUUGGUGAUGCAUGCACGAAUGUAAACGAAGUUGUCGCUAUGGCAUCUAAAUAUUGGCAUAUUUUACAUUUGUCGUAUGCUGAAAUACAUGCAAAAUUUGCCACCGCGGAUGCUCAGGAGAUGUAUCCAACAUUUUUUCGCAUGGUACCAGGAUAUCAGAAUUCAAAUUUAGCACGAUGUCAUCUCAUUUUUCAAUUCAAUUGGACUCGUGUUGGCACAUUAAAACAAAGCGAUGAUCCACGUUUCGCAUUGCCGCACGAAUCACUGACAACACGAUUAGAGCAGGGAUUUGGUAUCCGAGUAAUAUAUACUGCUGGUAUUACACAUGAUGAAAUUCAAAAUAUCGGUUAUGAACUUAAUGAAUUGAAGAAACGUGACGCUCGAAUUCUCGUCGGUGAUUUUGAGGAAUCAUUAGCUGUACGUAUAUUAUGUGAAGCUUAUCAAAAUGGUAUCUAUGGUGAAAAUUAUGUCUGGAUAUUACCUGGUUAUCAUAAAAGUGAUUGGUGGCGUAACGUAUCCGCGGUCAGUUGUACAGUAGAAGAGCUCGCACAAGUAAUUGAAGGUCACUUUGCAGUGGAAUUUUCACCCUAUUCACAAAGGCUUGCUCGACUUACCGUUGCUAAUAAAACGGUAUCGGCAAUUCGAACAGAGCUUGAUGUUAGACAAGGCUCAUCACCGGAAAGUGUUUUCAAAGGAUACGUAUAUGAUGGCCUCUGGACACUUGCUUUAGCUAUCGAACAUGUAACCCAACUUUACCAACAGCGAGAUGGAAUCACUUGGAUACCAAAUGUAAGCGAUACAGAGGAUUGGACUAAACUCAGUGCCGAGUUACUUCAAGCUGUCAGUAGCACCUCAUUUAUCGGCGUCACUGGACCAGUUCAAUUUAAAAAUAACGAACGACUUGGAUUAGUUGAAAUUUUGCAGUGGAGAAAUGGAUCGUAUAUGAUUGCUGGCAUAUAUGAUGGGACAGAAACUCUUCUUACACUUAAUCCUGCUCUUAAAGAUUGGAUACCACCGCUAGAUGCAACAGUUGUUGUGCAUGAACGUCAAUAUAUAUCAUUCAUUUUAUUCAUCCUACUAUCAUUACUUGCUACCAUUGGUGUAGCAAUAGCAGUUUUAUUUCUUUUCAUUAAUAUCAGAUAUCAAAAUCAUCGAUAUAUCAAAAUGUCAUCACCAAACAUAAACAAUUUAAUCAUAGCAGGUUCCAUUUGUACUUAUAUCAGUGUAAUUCUACUUGGCUUCGAUACACGUUUCGUUUCACCGGAUACUUUUGUUACACUAUGUUAUGUGAAAACAUGGGUUCUAAGUCUUGGUUUUACUUUAGCAUUUGGAUCGAUGUUUUCAAAGACUUGGAGAGUUCAUUCGAUUUUUAAAAACAUUCGAAUGAACAAGAAAGCAAUCAAAGAUUAUAAACUAUUCAUUCUAAUUGGCAUCAUUGUUCUCGUUGAUUUGAUUUCAUUAGCCUUAUGGGCUCGUAUUUCACCUUUCACCUUUCAUGUCUCUCAAUUAGCAAUGUUUUAUUCAAAUAACAAGUUGAUAGCACCAGAAAUAGAAUGUUGUCGAAGUGAUAAUAGUAUCAUUUUUGAGGCCAUUAUAUUGGGUAUCAAAGGUCUUCUUAUGCUACUUGGCUGCUUUUUGGCUUGGGAAACGAGACAAGUAAAUAUUCCUGCAUUAAAUGAUAGUAAAUAUAUAGGAAUGUCUGUUUAUAGUGUUGUUGUAACAUGUUUACUUGGCCUACCGCUCGUGUACAUAUUAAAGGAUCGAGUAAAUGAAGCACGUAUAUUGGGAAGUCUUUUUAUCAUAUUCUGUACAACUUUGAUUCUCUGCCUUGUUUUUGUUCCAAAGAUUGUGGAACUUUUUCGAAAUCCUAAAGGUAAUGAGUUACGUUAUCGGCGUGGUUUAGUGAAGUCUGUGCUAGGACAAUGGGAAUCACAACGAACUACGCAGAAUAAUGACGAAACAAAUAUCUUUAGGCGAGAGAAACUGCAACAUUUGGAAGAAGAGAAUAUAUUAUUACAUCGAUAUUUAAUUCAGAAGACUAGUCUGUUAUGGGAAUUACAAGAACAAUUGAAACAGCUUGGAGAGUUGGAAGAUGACAUAAUCACGCCAAGUGAUGAGAGUUAA